AGUCUGCUGGCUUUUGCUCCCUUUUUGCAGCUGUAAUGGUAACUGAAAUAUGAAUCAAACAUAGCUCUUCAUGGAAGGUUUUCAUCUUGAACUUGCUGGUUUGUGAAUGUCUUCUUCCCUGGCCUGCUAUGCUACUGUCUGGACAGUGCAGGGGCUUUACCCCAGUGGGUUCCUGGUCAUGGAGCUAAUGGGAAGGUGAAGUACAUUUUUAUGUUACCAGCACCUGGUGCUCUUGACAUGAUUUUGGGCAGGCCUGUGUGUUGAGAAGGAUUACCCCAAUUUGAUUGUUGCUUGAAUGUACUUCCUUCUUGCCUGGAUGUUUUCCUUGUGUGGUUUUGGGCUGUGCCUUGAUGCUGGAACUGAUACCUGGGUAUAAUGGUCUUCGUGAAAGUCCCACCCCUCCCUCAGCCUCCUAAAGACUCAACUUUGUCACACCUUACCUCAUUUGCAUGAGGUAAGGACUGAUUUGAACCCUCGACAGUUGUGGUUUGUCUGAAAGUUGUUGUUGGGGAGGGAGCUAGUAACCUUGUGCCUUGUUUAUGCCUUGGGUAUGACUGCGCCUGCUAGGAGGACUGCCUGUUGACCUUGCUAUGGAUUUUGCUUCAUUAUUGGUGAUUUUGGGUGCUGGCUGGACAGUGGCUUCCUGCUGCCAUUCGCCUGGGCAGUAAGGCAGUAACAAAACUGCAUUCCCAUGGAUUUUGGAUCUGUUUUGCGUAUGGGCUGAACUGGGUGGAAUUGCUGAAUUUGGUUGGUACCAAUUGUGAUGGAGCUGAUGAAUGUGGGUUGUUGAUUCCUCAGUCACUUGUUCUUGGAGUCUUGGGGGUACCCUUUACUGUGGCUUUCUCUGCUGCUUAGGGGUUUCUUAUGGCAACUUCAUGUCCUUGCUUUUGGAUCAUGCCUUUUCUGAUGUCCUUGGCUUCGGUGUUGAUGAUGGGGUAGUUUUGGUAUGCAUGAUGGAGGAUUUCGCUGGUUCUUGUUCUCUUGUUGGUGGACAUCCUAGCGAUACUCUUACCCGGUCAGUUGGAGGAUGAUUGCCAAUCAUUUUAUGCCGUCUUGAAUGGUCAGAGCUUUCUCUGGUGAUCUUGGCACUUUGUUGUCUUCCUUGAUGAGGGUGAACAACAUCGUGAACUCAGAACACAGCCCCUCGUUGUCCCAGUUUCACUAGGACAACAGAUAGGGGAUGUUGAUUCGUAGUGUGGAUACAAUGGAGCUUGCCCAACCAUGGAGCUCUUUGCACUUGGCUUUGGACUUGAAUGGACAACCCUCUGGAAAUAUGUUGUGGAUUCAGAUGGAUUUAUUGUAGAGUUUGUGUUGGCCUGUUCUUGGGGCGGGAAACUGCAGGCUUUGGACCAUUGUCGUGGAACCAAUGCUUGAAGGAAACUGCAGGAACCUAAACUUGCUUGCAGGGGGCAGGUUCCCAGCUGUUUUCACGCAAGUUUUUGCUGAUGCUGGACAUGGACUAGGUGACGCUGCUGCCCAGUACUGUUUUGCUGUUUUUGAUUGCUUGUCUGUGACUUUGGGUCCGUGGAGAGGGAGCGAUGUGUUUGGCUUGAGAUGCCACCUACAUAUGCUCCCUCCAUGCUCUGGUUUGGUCUACCAUACUACUGCCUUGAGAUGCGGGGUACUGGAAGCUGACACUGGAGCAAGGACGUGGAUUACCAUUUUGUUUUACCUGGACGGAUUAGGGUGUUACAUCAAGACUGCCAUGGAAAUAUGGCAAGGUCUUGGGAAGCUGUGUGAGGGAUCACAAGAAUUGAGAAAGCAGAAGAUAGAGGUUCUACUUGAGAAGUUCAAAAGCUUCAAAAUGCUUCCCGGAGAAUCAUUUGACUUGCUGGAUGAAAGAUUCCACAAUAUUCUAAUCAUACCAACUUCUGAAAAUCUUUUUGACAAGUUCAAAAACAUGAUGGAAGAUUUUAAGGAAAUAAAUCUUAAACACUCAUCCUUAACAGAGGAGAACAAGCUAUUGAGUGAAGAAAAUUUCAUGUUGACUAAAGGUUGGAAAAGUCAACUAUGUGAGAUCACUCAACUCAAGGCUGAGAAUAAAUCUCUCUCUGAAAAGGUGAAAUCUCUCAACAAGGACUUAGGGAUACUGAAGUCCAAAGAAGCUGGGGAUAAGCUUCUUGAGACAACCAAAAAGAAAGGUCGUGAAGGACUUGGGUUUGACCCCUCUAGUUCCAAAAGGAAAGGGAGAACAACAUUCAUUCCUCCCAAACCUACUGUCAAACCCAAUGAGCAGAAAGCGUAUCUGGAGAUGAUUGAAGCUCAAGAACUCUCUGAAUUUCUUCAUCUAGAAAUUCUUUUCAAGUAUGAAGAAGAAGUUCAAGAAUUCUACAGGAAUGGAAAAAUCAAAACCAUCCAAUACAAGAAGAAUCCACAAAGGACGAUAUUGUGACAAGUCGUAGUGCUCCACCAAAAGAAUGAUGUGACAAGUCGUAGUGCUCCACCAAAGGACAAGUGCUCCACUAUGCUCCAUUAACAAGGUGACAUGACAAAAAGCGGGGAAUCACUUUUCCCUCCACUAUUACUUCAAGACAAAGCUAUAGUUCUACACCAAUUUGAAAUCCGAAAAUCAACUCCGGAGGAAAUCAAGUCCGCAUUUGAAGUUCGGAGCUGCCUAUAAAAGGAGACCAACCACACCAUACAAGAGGCAUCAAAAAAAAAUCUCCGAUUUUAGUUUCUCUAUAUUUCCAUCCAAAAAUAUCCAUUGUAUUAUAUUUAUAUUUUUGCAAAUUUAUCAAAGUCUGUAACCAGUACAAAAUCAAGAAUCACGCUUGUAACCAGUUCUGAUCAAUAAAAUCAAAUCAUUCUCUGCAAAUAAUUUACUCUGAUGGAGAUUCUGUUAGACAAGGCGUGCAACUCUAGAGGGGGGGGGUGAAUAGAGUUGUUGAGAAUGA